GCACUAUAUAGACCUCCAGGAUCCACCAGUCUGCAGCAGGUCAGCAGCAAAGACGAGAAGAGCAGAGCUUUAAGAGCAGCUGUACAAGAAUGAAAAUCGCAAUCGUUGACAACACUAUGAAAACUUUUCAAGUCUUCCAUUGUUGCCCAAACACAAAGCAAGGAUGUGGGUGGCCAACCUCAUUGCUCUGUGCCUUUUGGCUGUGGCGUCAUGUGCUGAGGUGAAGGAAGCGAAGAAGCUGAGCAGCCAUGCGACAUCACUGGCAGACACCAGCUCCAACCUUGCUUUCAACCUCUAUCACACUUUGGCCAAAGAGAAGAACCAGGAGAACAUCCUGAUUUCCCCAGUAGUGGUGGCCUCCUCCUUGGGUCUGGUGGCCCUUGGUGGAAAGUCUUCCACUGCCUCCCAAGUCAAAACCGUCCUGAAGGCUGACGCCCUGAAAGACGAGCACCUGCACUCAGGCCUGUCUGAGCUCCUGAACGAGGUCAGUGACCCAAAUGUCCGCAAUGUCACCUGGAAGAUCAACAAUAGGCUGUACGGCCCCAGCUCUGUCAACUUUGCUGAUGAUUUUGUGAAGUCCAGCAAGAAGCACUACAACUGUGAGUAUUCCAAGAUCAACUUCCGCGAUAAGAGAAGCGCCAUCAAGUCCAUCAACGAGUGGGCCGCCAAGUCCACCGAUGGCAAGCUGCCAGAGGUCACAAAGGAUGUAGAGAACACGGAUGGUGCUAUGAUCAUCAAUGCCAUGUUCUUCAAACCUCACUGGCAUGAGAAGUUCCAUCACAAGAUGGUGGAUGAUCGUGGAUUCCUUGUCACCCGCUCUUACACUGUGUCAGUGCCAAUGAUGCAUCGUACAGGUCUCUAUGGCUUCUAUGAGGACACAGAAAACAGGCUUUUUGUGCUUGACAUGCCCCUGGCCCACAAAAAGUCCAGUGUAAUCUUUAUCAUGCCCUAUCAUGUGGAGCCUCUGGAAAGGCUGGAGAAGCUUCUGACCCGCAAGCAGGUGGACACCUGGUUGAGCAAACUGGAGGAGAGGGCUGUGGCCAUUUCUCUGCCUAAAGGCAGCAUCGAAGUCAGCCAUGACCUCCAGAAACAUCUUGCAGAGCUCGGUCUCACUGAGGCUGUGGACAAGUCCAAGGCAGAUUUGUCUAACAUCUCUGGCAAGAAAGAUCUCUAUCUCUCCAGUGUCUUCCAUGCAUCUGCCUGGGAAUGGGACACAGAGGGUAACCCCUUUGAUACCAGCGUCUUCGGUUCAGAGAAGCUCCGAAGCCCCAAGCUCUUCUAUGCUGACCAUCCAUUUAUCUUCCUGGUGAAGGACAACCAGACCAACUCCAUCCUUUACAUUGGGAGAAUGGUUAGGCCCAAGGGUGACAAAAUGAGAGAUGAAUUGUAGUUUUUAGCUGUAGAUGAGACUAGCCAAACAAUUUUUUGGUGUUUUCUUAUUUUCUGUGGUGUGACUGUUACCUCAUGAGCACAUUCCAUAAACCAGCAAUUUCCUCACAGAUAUACCAAAACUCCAUAGGACCACCAUAUGUAUUUAAGAAUUGUUAAAUGCUGUUUAAUCUAUAUAAUGCACAAGGAGCAUUGGGAGAGCCUAGACACCUAUAUUAUCUAUCCAAAGCUUUGACAUCAAUUGACCAUGUGCCUUAUUAAGAUAUUAGAGAGAUCGUGAGAAUAGAUGCUAUACUUAUAUUAAGUAUGGUGUUACUGGUGUUGUUCUGUGGCAUUGUGGUGUUAGUGUGCUUGGCAUUCCCUCUCAUUUCCUGAGUUUGUGUGAUGUCUAUGUGGGAUUCUUGCCCUUAUCUUUAAUGUUUAAAGACAAGAGGAUGUUUGCACAAAUGUUCUUCAAACUUUCAUGUUCUGUCAUUCACUCCAACUGUAACAAGCAUUCAGUUUCCCUGUUUUCUCUGCCUUCCCUUCUGCACUGAUUUGUUCCCCUGACCUCUUAGACAUUGGUACAAAUUUCUUCCACACCGAAUCUGUUGAAUUGUUGUGCUCAAUGUUUUUUUUUUCUUCCUUUUUUAAAAUAAAAUUUAAUAAAAUAAU